AUGGUGGAAACUGUACGGACAUACCAACAUCAAUGGCCCAUAACAGAAACAAAAGAAGUAAAAUGGUUGAAGCAUUAUUCAUCUGAUCAUCAGAUUUUGUUGGUGGGAGAAGGAGAUUUUUCAUUUUCACUUAGUUUGGGUUUGGCUUUUGGUGAUGCUUCCAACAUUGUGGCUACUUCUUUGGACUCUUUUGAUCUUGUGAUGAAGAAAUACAAGGGAGCAAAAAGAAACUUGGAUAUCUUGUAUUCUCUUGGAGCUCAGUUGUUACACGGAGUUGAUGCCUUCAGAAUGAAGCUUCAUACAGAUCUUCAAAUGCGGAAGUUUGACCGGAUCAUUUAUAACUUUCCACAUGCCGGUUUCCAUGGGAAUGAAGACAACCAACGCAUGAUUAUGAUGCACAGAAAUCUGGUUUGCGGUUUCUUUAAAAACGCAAGUGGCAUGCUGCGUCCAGAGGGUGAAGUUCAUGUAGCCCACAAGACUUCACAUCCUUACCAAUCUUGGAACAUCGAAGAACUUGCUACUCAAAAUUCCUUAAGAUUGCUUGAAUGCAUAAAGUUCAGACUUGAAGAUUAUCCAGGUUACAACAACAAAAGAGGCGAUGGAAAAAGAUCUGACCAGCCAUUUCAUCUAGGAGAGUGUAGUACUUACAAGUUCGUAUUGUCAUUAAAAGCCAAAAAACCAACCACCUCAUGUCAAAGAAGCCCUCAUCAACCUCAAGAAAUUUCAUCACAAACACUGCAAAUUAGUAUGGCUAAGAAUCCUGCUCCUGUUUUCAACAGCUCUGAAUGCUUCCAGGUUUUCAAGGAGUAUUUUGAUCAUGCACUAUCAACAUUUGGGCAUGUUGAUGAGCAUAUUUUCCGUUCUGUUCCGCAUCUGCUGGAAAUCGGGUUUGAAAGAUGCAAGGCCAAUAUCCAUGUUGAUCCCUUAAAUGCUUACACAUAUCUUUUGACAGAGCUUCAACAUAUGAGUAAACAGAGGUUAUUAUUUCUGCAAAACCAUUUACUUGAGGCCGAUCACCAGUAUCAGUAUGGCUUCUAA